AUGGGUGCCAAGAGCUUAAAAUACUAUUUCCUCAGCAUAUUCUGUUUAUGGGCAGCCAAUGUGAAUGUGAAUGGGAAUCUGCACAAGACCUCUUACUGCAUGCAACGCUAUUGUGGAUCCAAAAAUCUGGCCUGCAAUAACCAUGGAAACUACAGCAAUGAUUGCGUGCCAAGCUCCAGAACGAUACCAUUGUCGAAGCAUCGCAAUGGCCUCCUAAAUGUCUUCAAUGAGCUGCGCAACAAAUUGGCGGGAGGCCACAUAGGUUCCCAUUUGCCAGCCGCACGCAUGGCCAGAAUGAGUUGGUCCAACGAACUGGAAUAUUUGGCUCAUCUGGCUGUGCUGAAUUGUCGCGAAAAUGUGAAAUAUUGUCUCAGCUCGCCAGACUUCCACUACAUUGGCAGCAACAUUAAUCAGUUUAGUUACGGCGGCAAAGUUUCAAUUUACACAAACUUUGAAAUAAUGUUGAAAUUAAUUGAUAAAUGGACAAGUGAAAUGGCCUUCGUCAAUAAGGACGCCACACUCUAUGUUCCGGAUCAUUUUCCAAACGAUAAAGUUGUUCAGUCGGCCUUACUCAUGAUGGAUCGUAAUACGCAUGUGGGCUGCGCAGCCCUGCGCUACUCGAUCGAAUACUAUAAUCAUUUUCUAUUCUGCUGCACAUUUGCAACAGAUGUGAUCAAGCACAAGCCGCUAUAUAAGCUAUCUGGAAAACCGGGAAGCGCCUGCCAGAAUCGCGACACUACCUAUACAAACCUGUGCGCAGUGGGAGAAGUUUAUGGCAACGAACAUGCCAUCGCCCAUGCAAGAGUCUAUAGGUCGCCGACAAUAUAAUAUUUACAAAUAGGCUUUAAAUAAAAUAUAAAAAAUAAAAUUAA